AUGAUUCGUGAGCGUUCACUCAGGUUAUUACCCGGAGCCGCACGGCUUACCUUUGGUCAACAUUAUGGUUCAGAGAUCACGACAACCCCCACUGUUCCUAAAGCUACACCACCCUCACAACCUGAAGAAAUCCCCAAUCAUGAGCAGGAUGGCGCUUCCCAUACCAAUAACGGCCAGCGACGAGGAGAUCAUGCUGAGGUAUUGUUACGACACAGUGGUGGCCAGUAUUCAGCGUUCGACAUGGCCCAAUAUGUUUUCUGGACAGGAGAUGAAGCCGGUGUAGCUCGGGCAGUCGAAGAAUUAAUCCAAAAGGGACUGAUGACCCGAGAGAAUGCCAUAAAAUUUUUGCGUGACAUUCGUCUGGGAAUUGAUUAUCUUCAGAAUACAUAUUCAAGCCGCCCUCUAAAAUCAGCAGAUCCACAUUCGAAUACUGAACGUGGAAUUGACGUCAGUACUACGGGAACGACCGUCACUGAAGUGCCAACCACAGUUGCUAUGCAUACAGAAUCAGUGGUGGCCAACAGUGGGGUUGGUCAACCAGCAACACUGGCUCCUGAAAUCUUGAAGGUCAUCGAACGGUUACCAAGUCUACUAAAGCUGAAUGAUAUCAGUGAACAGACUGACUCCACACAGGAUUACGAUGACGUGGUAGGACGAUUAAGGUUGGCUGAUUUUCUGUACGCUGAAUACUCGCUGGAAGAAGUUAUCUAUCAACUGGCGAAGGUUAUGUUCACACAAUCAUUGACGCGUGGCUCGGAACCGGCACAACAUGCGUUGCAGAAGCUUACAGAAUUCCUGGAAUCAGAAGGCAGUCAUGGACGAAUUUCACCCAUUCUACAAAAGAAGAUCCUCGAUGUGCUUCUUGCAGCUCUAGCUGACACGCUAGCCGAGAACCCUGAACUGAUGAAAGCUGCACGAUCAGCUUUGGGAAAACAUAUGGAUAAGAUUUCACAACGAUUCCCACAUUAUAAUCAUUAGAAUGCAAUAUAUUUAGAUACUCAAACACGUGAAUUUGUUACCAGCCUUGGAAUAGGUCCCAAGGAAACAGCAUUUUGAAGGUAAGCUAGAGUGAAAGAAUUGAAUUCGCUGGAUUGUACAUCAAUACUCAAUGGAACAAAUGUUCGGAUUGAUAAUCACGGAUGUAUCUAGCCAAUGCAGCAUGAAACAAAAAGUAACACAAAGCAUUACACCAUUAGCUGUUACCACUGAACGGCACGCUGGAAACGAAUAUACGCAGUAUUUUGUUUUUAUAUUUUGAACACAGUUUCAAUAAUUGUACAAUGUGAACCAUGUGAAUAGAAAUAAAUCACUUUUAUUUGAAAUAUUCUGCUAAAAUCAAUACAAUAAAUAUUGCAAAUCUAUCAGAAUAAGGAUCAAGCAAGCUGAAUAAGUGUAACUUAUAGAUAGAAGGAACGAAUGAAAAGAAACAGGGAAACAAUAAUAA